AGGAAGUGAGAGUGUGACGAGAGGACACGCGCGAAACAACCAACAACAGAGAGAAAAGUGAGGACGCUCUUCUCUCGCCUUGUUACUACUGAUAGUUUUCUACGCGUGUUUGUGGUUUAGUUGUUGAAAACGCGGAAUGACUGGACCGCUGCAACACCCGGGAUAUGACGAGGAGAAACUCCAGAAGGUGGCAGAGCUGUUACCGUGCCGGGAGGCUCAGGCUGGGCUCCUGUUGUCUCUCAUGGGCCAGCCUGAGCAUCCCUGUUACCCUUCAGUUUUUAUCUAUGGGCAUCGAGCCUCUGGGAAGAGCCAUGUACUAAAUAUUUUAAUGAAACAACUAGAGCUGCCCCAUGCCAUGGUCAGCUGUGUUGAAUGUCUCUCAGUGGCAUUGCUUUUUGAACAAGUACUACAAUCCUUCUUUGGGGCUGAUGCUGCCUCUCUGCUCCCUCGUGGUCCGUCUCUGUCUGAUUUUAUCCGCAUCUACAGACAACAGAGCUCAGAGUCACCUGCCAAAGAGACCAGAUACAUUAUAAUGGAAAAGGCUGAGAUGUUGAGGGACGCAGACGCCAAUCUACUUCCUGCUCUGCUCCGUCUUCAGGAACUGGUUGAAGACAAUGUUACAGUGAUUCUGCUCAGUGAAAUUGUGUGGGAUAAAUUCAGACCAAACACUGGUUGUUUCGAGCCCCUCCUGCUGCAUUUCCCAGACUACAGUAAAGGUGAGCUGCAGCAGAUAUUGUCAAAGGAUAAGCAUCCUUCAUAUUCAGCAGAGUUUUACUCUUCGUACAUCAACAUCUUGUUGGGUGUUUUCUACUCUGUUUGUCGGGACCUCCGAGAACUGCGCCACCUGGCUGCUCUUAAUUUUUCUAAGUUCUGUGAACCACUGGAAGAAGGCAAAGUUAAAGAAAGUGACACACACAAAUUGUGGCGAAACAUUGAACCUCAUUUGAAAAAAGCCAUGCAAACAGUUUAUCUUCGAGAGGUGUCCAGUCUUCAGUGGGAGCAGAUGCAAGAAAUGGAGGAAAAAGAAGCCGGAGCUGUGAGAGGUUUAUCAGCUCACACUCAUGUUGAAUUGCCUUAUUACUCCAAGUUUCUAUUGAUUGCUGCCUACCUGGCAUCGUACAACCCAGCCCGCACAGACAAACGUUUCUUCGUAAAGCAUCAUGGUAAAAUAAAAAAAGCUAAUUUUUUGAAGAAAAAUGAAAAGACCAGUAAUCAUCUCCUGGGACCUAAGCCCUUCCCUCUUGAUCGCAUGCUGGCAAUCUUCUACAGUGUUGUGGACAGCAGAGUGGCCCCAACAGCCAGCAUAUUCUCUCAGAUCUCCUCUUUGGUGACCUUGCAGCUGCUGAACCAGGUCAGUCACGAUGAUCAACUUGAUGCCCCUAAGUACAAGUGUGCCGUUUCUAUGGACUUCAUUUGUGCCAUCUCUAAGACAGUAAACUUUGAUAUUGUCAAGUAUUUGUACGACUUCCUCUGAGGCUGCUGUGCAAAGGAAGAGCUGACACACAUAGACAGUAAGACAUAAGGAGCUUUGCACUUGAAUGCACUUAAGCGCACGCAUGGUGUGAAAUUGGAGCUCAGACUGUUCAGCCUGGAUCCUGUUAAAAUAAUUCAGUUAUAGGACUGACCUCUAGUGGUGGCUUUAUGUGCACAAUGUAAAGUAAUGUGUUACAUUGGAGAAAAUAAUCAAAGAAAUUGAAAAAGUGAAAAUUUAUAUUUCAUGAAAUAGUAGCAAAAUAAAGUUAUUUUGAUAAUAAA